UUGGAACUCUACAUGGGUACCCCAAUUUCCGCGAUUUUUUAUAUAUUGCUAUCUUGUUCUAUCUCAAGGAAAUUUUAUCUUCUAUCCUGUUGUCACAACCCCAGGCCAAAUUCAAUACAAAUCGUAAUUCCUAGUCAAGUAUGGAAUCCCUUGAAAUCCGCGUUGUUUAUGAAUUAUUUACAUAAAAAUAUACAUUUAUUUACACAAAAUGGGAACACAAAAACCUGGAGAAUGGGCGAAUUCGCUAAUAGCCAGAUUCGAAGAGCAACUGCCAUACAAAACCGGCGCACAGAACCUCCACUCGCGAAUAAACGAGGAACAAUGCAAAGCCUGCCUCGUCCAAAUCAGCAGGCAUCGCUUCUCGCUCGUUAUCGCCGGCCUCACCAAGAUCCUGCAGCGAGUCAACGAGCUGUACCAACCAACCAUAUCGUCAGGUGUGAACCGACCGCAUACGGAGCUGGAGAAGAGCUACAGUGACAGUCUGGUCAUAGUUCUGGACACGCUGGAGAUAUGCCUCAGUUCUCAGCCUAAAGACACCACCAAGUUUGAUGAGGCGAUGAACGUGAAGAUACUACUGAGGGAAGUCUGCCAGUUUAUCGACAUGCGGAACGAGAACACAACAAGCAACACAUUGCUCCGGCAGCUGGCCAGCAAAGUGCUGUUCGCACUCAGUCUCAACUUCUUCAACGCGGUGUUCAACAGGAUCAGUGCCCGGUUACAGGAAUUGGCAUCAAGCUCAGAAGAAAACCCCGAUUAUACAGAUAUAGAAUUAAUACAACACAUCAAUGUGGACAUCCUCCGGCUUAUACGGCUGCUCACAGAAUCAAUACAAAAGUUUAAGUUAUUAAGAAAAUCAGCGCAUAUAGUUUUGGUAUCGUCUUUAGAAAAAGCAAUAUGGAACUGGAUGGAUACAUACCCCCAAGAAUUCGCUGAAGUCCAAUGCCGGCCUAACGAGGAUCUCAGCAAAUGCUGCGACACUCUUUUCGACUAUUUACAAGAUUGCUUCUCCGACAACAAGAAAUCUAGAGUGGCGAUGUGGCCACUACAAAUUAUGCUACUAGUUUUGAACCCUAAAGUUUUAGAAGAAAUAGUGAAUGCAGACAGCGGCGCUCCGUGCAGUCCGCGACAUACAAAGAAGAAACAUUUCAUCGACUCGGUGAAGAGAGGGCUAAGCCCACAGAACAACUCUAAACAGAUGACAGAAGCGGCGGUCGUGACAUGUGUCAAACUCUGUAAAGCGUCGACGUAUCUGAACAUCGCUGACAGUGGAAACGUCACUUUCGUGCUUGUCAAAUCCGUUAUUAAUGAUCUCAAGUCUCUCCUCUUCAACCCCUCAAAAUCCUACGUGCGAGGCAACCUGAUCUCUGGCUACUCAGAGCUGGAUCUGAUGACGGAUUGCUUCGUGUCCCUAUUUCGGAUUAUGCCGCACACGAAUGAUGCUAUUAAAGUGUGCCUCAACCUUAACACGCAUAUUUCGUAUCAUUAUGUCAUAGUCAACUCACUACUCAGGAUUAUUAAACAACCACGGUUACCGUGGUGGCCUCAAAUAGAGCUUCUUUACCCCCGUGCCGCCGAACUUAGAGCCAUGUUCACAGAUACACUGAACAAAGCGACACAGGGCUACAUAGUCCACACGCCGCUCCGUAUGAUCUCGCGCUCCCUCAAAUCCAAGGAAGUGCAAGCCAAGUUCAACAAGUCAGAGGAAAUGCCGGCUUACAGGAACUUACUGCUGUGCAUGGUGAAGCUUAUACAUGCUGAUCCGAUGUUGAUGUUGAGCAACCCAGGCCGCUCAGGCAUUGAGAUCCAGUCAUCAACCACCGAGCUGAUCAACGGUCUAGUAUCACUAGUGCACCAGACAGGCAUGGGCGAGAUAUCACAAGAAGCAAUGGAUGCGUUACUAGCGUUGCACCGGCCUGAUCGCGUCCAUAUGUGGAACCCUGAGGCGCCGCUUAAUACUUUCUGGGAUAUCAGCUCCCAAAUCCUCUACAACAUCAGUCAGAAGCUCAUCCAGCGUCAGAUCGGCAACUACCGCGAGGUGCUGCGGUGGCUCCGCGACAUCCUGACAUGUCGGAACGAGUUCUUAGCCAAGCACAAGGAGUACGCCAACGUCGGCUCACAGAUACCUAUAUGCAAGCAGGCGCACAUCAAGCUAGAGGUGGUCUUCUUCAUGUGUCUUUGGUCCAUCGACACGGACGUGGUGCUAGUCGCCAUGUCCUGCUUCGCGCUGCUCUGCCAGGAGGCGGAUAUACGGUGCGGCGCCGACGAGAUCACCACGCAGUGUCUGCUGCCCAACUACGCCGUGUUUCAGGAGGUGGCGCACACUUCCACCGUGCUUACUACUGGCUCAGCAGCUCUACAGAAGAGGAUAAUGGCGUUAUUAAGGAAGAUAGAGCAUUGCGUCAACGGCGUGCAACCGGUGUGGGAGGAAACAUUUCGAUGUUGGGACUCCCUAUGCAAGCUGUUACAGAAAUACCCCAAAGGGCAAGGUGACAAAAUGGAUGAUUGCCAAAUGGAGGCGAUACACAGAGCUGUCGCUAAACGAAGAGUUUCACAUCACAGUAGCAGCGAACAUGAUUUUGAGAUGCAGAUUCAAGAGUGGGCGAACAUCACAUCGUUUCUAUGCGCGCUCGGUGGCGUGUGUCUACAACGGCGACCAUCUACCGUCUGGUCGCACCUUCACGCACACGAUUCUAGGAAAUACAACGUAUUGGCGAACAGCUCACAAGAAGUCCAGUACUGCCCUGUUACACAAUUCAUCGGCCAACUCCUUCGGCUCCUGCUCUGUAGCAACGAACGCUUCGGCCAACAGAUCCAAAGUCACGUGAAGGAGCUAGUCGGCCACGAGAUGUCGCCGGCGCUGUACCCGAUACUGUUUGACCAGAUUAAGGCCAUUAUUGACAAAUUCUUUGACCAGCAGCAGCAGGUAAUGCUGACCGACAUCAACACACAGUUCGUGGAACACACGAUAUUCAUAAUGAAGAGUAUUUUGGAUAACAAGAAGACGGGACAACCUUCUGAGCAUCUCAGUACUACGUCAAUAGAGGGACUCAUGCUUGCUAUAGUCAGAUACGUUCGUCAUUUAGACAUGACGGUGCUAUCCGUGCACAUCAAAACGAAGCUCUGUCAAGUUGUCGAAGCCAUGAUGAGGAGGAGAGACGACCUAGCCUUCAGACAGGAGAUGAAGUUCCGCAACAAGAUGGUGGAAUACGUGACGGACUGGGUGCUCGGCACCAGUCACCAGAUCGCGCCACCGCUGCGGGCAGACGCCUCGUCCAUUUCUAGAGAGCUGGACCAGGCGUGCAUGGAGGCGGUGGCGGCGCUGCUGAAGGGGCUCCCGCUGCAGCCCGAGGAGUCCGACAGGGGGGACCUGAUGGAGGCCAAGAGUCAGCUGUUUCUUAAAUACUUCACCCUCUUCAUGAAUCUAUUGAACGAUUGCAAUGAAGUGGAGAUGGCAGAAGGCCCGGGCAGACUUGAGACGCUACGAAACGCUACUAUACAAGCCAUGUCUAACUUGCUUAGUGCCAAUAUAGACUCGGGGCUCAUGCAUAGCAUAGAUCUGGGUUACCACCGGGACCUACAGACCCGAGCUGCUUUCAUGGAAGUGCUGACUAAAAUCCUACAGCAGGGCACAGAGUUCGACACCCUAGCGGAGACUGUCCUCGCUGACCGUUUCGAGCAGCUAGUGCAGUUGGUCACCAUGAUCUCUGAUAAGGGCGAGCUCCCCAUAGCAAUGGCCUUGGCAAACGUCGUCAGCACAUCACAAAUGGACGAGCUGGCUCGUGUGUUCGUCACCCUGUUCGACGCUAAGCAUCUUCUAGCACCUCUGCUGUGGAACAUCUUCUAUAGAGAAGUUGAGGUGUCAGACUGUAUGCAGACCCUCUUCCGCGGCAACUCGCUAGGGAGCAAAAUCAUGGCGUUCUGCUUCAAGAUCUACGGUUACGGUUACCUGGUUUCCCUGCUGGAACCGCUGGUUACGGCGCUGCUGGAACAGGCGGACCAGCCUGAUCUGAGCUUCGAGGUGGAUCCUGCCAGGCUGGACCCAUCGCAGGAUAUAGAGGUCAACCGCUCCAACCUCAUAGACCUCACCAAAGAGGUCUUCAACAGGAUUAUCAACUCUGCGGAUAAGUUCCCUCCGCAGUUGAGGAGCAUGUGCCACUGCCUCUAUCAGGUUUUGAGCAAACGAUACGCACACAUACCUCAAACAAGCGUAGGUGCUGUUGGCACAGUACUAUUCCUGAGAUUUAUCAAUCCAGCCAUAGUGUCACCGCAAGAGAUGGGUAUAGUCAGCCGUCCCGUUCCCCCGACGAUCAAACGUGGUCUCAUGCUAAUGUCCAAGAUACUGCAGAACAUAGCGAACCAUGUAGAGUUCUCUAAGGAACAACAUAUGUUGCCUUUCAAUGAUUUCUUGAGAGCCCACUUUGAGUUAGGACGCAAGUUCUUCAUACAAAUAGCUUCAGACUGCGAAAGCGUCGACCAAACGUCUCACAACCUCUCCUUCAUCAGCGACGCAAACGUAGUAGCUUUACAUCGACUGCUGUGGAACCAUCAGGAACGGAUAGGGGACUACCUGUCUUGCAGUCGGGACCAUAAGGCUGUUGGACGACGGCCGUUUGACAAGAUGGCCACAUUGCUCGCUUACUUGGGACCUCCGGAACAUAAACCUGUAGAAUCUACCUCCGGCCUCCUCUUCUCCUCGUACGCCCGCUGGUCUUCCAUAGACAUGUCCUCCACCAACUUUGAGGAGUUCAUAGUGAAACACAACAUGCAUGAAAAGGAGGAGUUUAAGAGCAUCAAGAGUUUGAACAUAUUCUACCAGGCGGGGACCAGCAAGAUCGGGAACCCGGUGUUCUACUUCAUCUCUAGGAGAUACAAGAUAGGAGAAGUGAACGCGGACCUUCUAAUAUACCACGUGAUAUUGACCCUCAAGCCCUUCUGCCAGCAGCCCUUCGAGCUCAUAGUCGAUUUCACACACACCAACUCGGACAAUAGGUUCAGAACGGACUUCCUACAAAAAUGGUUCACAGUGCUACCCGACGUGGCGUACAUUAACAUACACGCCUGCUACAUAUACAACUGCAACAGCUGGGUGCGAGAGUAUACUAAGUUCCACGAAGCGAUACUAGCACCACUGAGAGGCAAUAGAAAGCUAAUAUUUAUCGACAACCACACUCGCCUCAGCGACUACGUGGAGGCAGAGCAACAAAAGUUGCCCGGUGCGACACUGGCUUUAGAGGAGGAUCUCAAAGUGUUCAGUAAUGCACUGAAACUGUCGCAUAAGGACACUAAAGUUGCCAUAAAGGUUGGACCCACGGCUCUACAAAUAACAUCAGUAGAGAAGACUAAAGUACUCGGCCUGCCGGUGCUACUGAACGACGUUUACUACGCUUCUGAAAUCGACGAGGUGUGCCUCGUAGAUGACAACCAGUUCUCACUGUCAAUAGUGAACGAGCCUACUCCACUAAGUUUCAUACACAACGAUUGUGAUAAUAUUGUGCAAUCCAUCAUACAUAUACGGAACCGCUGGGAGCUGAGUCAACCGGACUCAGUCACAGUGCAUCAAAAGAUACGUCCAAAAGAUGUCCCAGGGACUCUCCUUAACAUGGCACUCCUGAACCUUGGCUCCUGCGACCCUAACCUUCGGACGGCAGCGUAUAACCAGCUAUGCGCGCUCACUGCUACCUUCCAUUUGAAAAUCGAAGGACAACUGCUGGAGACAUCAGGCCUAUGCAUACCUUCCAACAAUACCAUCUUCAUCAAGUCUGUUAGCGAAAAACUAGCGCACAACGAGCCUCAUCUCACUCUAGAGUUCCUCGAGGAAUGUAUUCAGGGUUUCCGUGGCUCUUCCAUCGAGCUAAAACAUUUGUGUCUGGAAUACAUGACGCCGUGGCUUGCUAACUUAGUCAGAUUCUGCAAGCCAUCAGACGAGUCCCGCCGCCAGAAGCAAGUCGCCCAAAUCCUGGAGAAGCUGAUCACGCUCACCAUCGAGGAGACGGAGAUGUACCCCUCGGUGCAGGCUAAGAUCUGGGGCUCCAUCGGGCACGUGCCGGAGCUGAUCGACAUGGUGCUCGACAGCUUCAUACAGCGGAGCGUCAACUCGGGUCUCGGCUCACCAAUGAUAGAAAUAAUGGCCGACACUGCCGUCGCCUUAGCGUCCGCCAACGUGCAGCUGGUAUCCAAAAAAGUCAUCGGUCGGAUGUGUAGGGCCCUAUCGAAACUGCCCAAUAAUGCCCUGGGCCCCGUUACCCCGGCCACUGUGGUGGACAAGACCUGUCAUUCGCCGACGCCCGUGCUAGAAAUGCAUAUGAUGUGGGGAGACAUUGCUAUAUUGGCGAGAUAUUUGCUCAUGUUAUCAUUCAACAAUUGCCUGGACGUGACGCGUCACUUACCGUACCUGUUCCACACGGUCACGUUCCUGGUGUGCUCGGGCACGGUGUCCAUGCGCGCCGCCACGCACGGGCUGGUCAUCAACAUCAUACACUCGCUGUGCACGUGCAACAGCCCAAGUUUCUCCGAGGAAACCCAGAGAGUCCUGAUGCUGUCGCUGGAUGAAUUCGCUCUGCCCAAGUUCUACCAGAUGUUCGGCAUUUCCAAGGUCAAGUCGGCGGCGGUCACCGCUUUCCGAAGUCCGCAUAACCGCAAUCCUGACAAGGAAUGGUACUCCGAACACUCGUACACAGCCUGCACCGAGUCCGGCACCUCGUCGAGCAGCGGAGCCCUGCCCGCCCCGCCGCCCCACUCCGACCGCGAGCGCCUCCCCCUGCAGUCCCUGGAGACCAUCACCGACGCCCUGCUCGAGAUCAUGGAGGCCUGCAUGAGGGAUAUACCGCACUGCGACUGGCUGACCACAUGGACUUCCCUGGCCAAGAGCUUUGCCUUCUGCUUCAAUCCAGCAUUGCAGCCGCGCGCUCUCAUCGUGUUCGGAUGUAUUAGUAAAAACGUAACGGACGACGAUAUGAAACAGCUCCUACGGAUAUUAGUGAAGGCGCUUGAAUCAUUCAAUGACUUAGCUUUAUUGGAAGCUCUUAUCAUGUGCCUGACGAGGUUGCAACCACUUCUGUACCCGGAAUCCCCGAUCCACACGGCCCUAUUCUGGGUGGGACUAUCGGUGCUACAACUGGAUGACCCCACUUUGUACGCGGCUGGGCUGUCUCUUCUGGAACAGAACCUACAUACUCUUGACUCGCAGGGACAAUUUGAACAUAAGACCUUGGAGCAAGUGAUGAUGGAGACGAGAGAACCGCUGGAGUGGCAUUUCAAGCAAAUGGACCACGCCGUGGGUUUGAGUUUCCGUUCGAACUUCCACUUCGCCCUGGUCGGUCACCUGCUGAAGGGCUACCGGCACCCGCUGGCCGCGUCCGUGUCCCGCACGUGCCGCGUGCUGGCCGCGCUGCUGGCCAUCACCGCGCGCCACGCCGACAAGUUCCACGUCACGCCCGUCACCGUCGCUUAUCUCACCGCGUUGGUGUGUGUGAGCGAAGAAGUCCGUUCCCGGUGCCACGUGAAGCACUCGCUUCCAAAAUGGCUGCCGGACAACUGUGACCACUACUGCCCCACCGUUGACCACCAUCAGUCCUCAAUGCUGAUCCAGCCUUCCACGUCCAGCGGCUCGUGCCAGAGUCGGCGGCAGAAGUCCUGGGAUGUCCUGGACCAGGCCGCUAUAUCAUCAGCUCAUGGUGGUAAAUCACCCACGAUGCAGCAAUCCAGUAGCGGUGGACACAGCCCACAUUUCAUCAACAUGCCACAUCAGGACAGCGAAGGGCGAGCACACAGCAUGCAACAUGGUACUUCGGGUGACGCCGCGCGCGCGGAACAGGACGCCGAUAGUGGUCUAGAUGUGGUAGAGGAUGACGGGCGCGGAUCGCCGGGCAGCACGGACGAGGCGACCGAGCGGCCCUCCUCAACCAAGUCCGGAGACAGCGAUUUCCCCGAGAAGGUUAGCAAUCAAGCAUCGACGGAUAAGGACACCAGCAGCCCGGAGAGUAACAGCUUAUUGGAUCCGAGUGUACUCUCCGACUUUACUACCCAAGCGCUGGUGCUGACUGUACUCGCCACUCUAGUCAAAUACACUACAGAUGAAGACGAAAUAAGAAUAUUAUACCAGUAUUUGGCUGAAGGUUCUGUCGUUUUCCCAAAAGUAUUUCCCGUAAUCCACUCCCUCCUGGACAUGAAAAUAAACCACGUGCUAAUGCACUGCCACGACCAAGUGAUCCUGAGCGCGGUACAGAGUAUAAUACAGAACAUGAUCGCGUCAGAGGACGCCAGCCAACAACAGCUGCACUACAUGCAGAGCUGCGGGUUUGGCGGGCUGUGGCGGUUCGCGGGGCCUUUUACUAAGAUCCAAUGCACAGCGGAAAGCAGCGAGCUCUUCGUCAACUGCUUAGAAGCCAUGGUUGAAACAUGUCUACCAGGGUCUGAGCAUGCUCAGGCGCGCGCUCCACCACCGGACCCUGACCGGCAGGACACGACAGGGUCAUCACACCGGCCGCCACCAUCGCUAUUCUGCUCAGGGCAGGACCCUUAGCAGAACGAGAUUUUCUGUAAUGAAACGACGGUGUUAUAAUUAUAAUUAUAACACUAUUAACGAAGCCAACAGUUAACACAUUCAACACCAAGAACCCGACUGUCGGGUACACUGUUCGUAGCGACUACGCGCUACAUACGACGAAACCGUGGCUACGCGCUACGAGCGUAACCCGUAGCACUUAGUGGUAUUGAAUGUGUUAACCUAGUUUAAAACCCCCGAUCAAACUUGCUUUAAAUAGUACCUUAUUUAGCAUUUAGAUUUUAAAAUGUGCCCUGAAGAUU